AUGAGGUUCAUCACCUCCACUCUCCUGAUCUUAACCGCCACUCUAGUCUCCGCCCAUUAUAACUUCGAGCGCCUUAUUGUCAAUGGCAAAAUCACCGAACCAUACGAGUAUGUCCGCGCACUUGGUCCCAUGGUAGGCAAUGGGCCAUUCUACGACGUCAAGCACACAGACAUCCGUUGCAACAACGGCUCCUUUGUCGCUGCCAGCAAAACAAAAACCUACCCCGUCAAAGCCGAUGACACAGUGGGCUUCACUAUCCGCGAUGUACUCGGACACCCUGGACCGCUGUUCGCUUAUAUGAGCAGGAGCACUGUUGCCAACGUGAGCGCCUACCAGGGCGAAGGAGAUUGGUUCAAAAUUUAUGAGAUGGGCGUGAAGACCUAUGCGAACUACAGUCUUGCGAUGACGUGGUUGAGCGAUGGGUGGAAGACAUUUGACUUUAAGAUCCCUAAAGAUAUCGAAAACGGGCAAUAUCUUCUGAGGGCGGAGCACAUCGCUAUUCACUCUGCUGGUGGACCUGAUGGCGCCGGCGCACAGUUCUACAUUGGCUGUGCACAGAUCGAAGUCUCAGGCGCUACAGGCAAGAAGCCGAGCCCUGUUGGAAAAUUUCCUGGUAUCUUCAACUCCCACGACCCAGGAAUCUACUUCAACCCAUACUGGCCGCCUAUCGUCAACUACACUAUGCCUGGUCCCAAGGUGUACCCUGACGGCGGUUCGUUCCCGGCUUUCACCGCAGAUCCAGCCAAGCCAGUGGCUACACAACCGCUUCCUGCAUCGUUUGCUGGUACAAAACCCACUGCGGCAUUUGUUUAG